AUGAUCGGCCGCACUGCGUUGGUUCAGGAAGCGCUGGAAUUCCUGGUUCCUGAAACCUUGCACCAGGUUCUGCAAGAUCAGGACGUGGAUGCUUUUGCCGAACCAAGCAUCGAAAUAACGGAUAUGGAGCCGGUUUCGUUUACGGCCACGAUCCCGCUGGAACCAUCGGUUGACCUGGGAGAUUACCGGACGAUUCGGGUCGAAUCCGAGACAACGGAAGUCAGCGCUGAAGACGUUGAUGGCGUGAUUGAACGGAUCCGGCAGGAACAGGCAGUGUGGGAACCAGUCGACCGCCCGGUGCAGUAUGGCGACCGUCUCAACAUCGAUGUCAACGGAAUCAUCGACGAGGAAGUCGUGGUGGAAGACGAGGACGUGGAGUACGUGCCUGAAGAGUGA